AUGCUGACUGCUUGUUCGUCGAAGGCCGUAUAUCUGCUACGCUGUUCAGCUACUCAGAGUUUUCUAAAGUUUAUUACUAUGGCCGCUGGUAAAGGUGGCAGCUCUUCUGCUUCUAAGGGGAAGAAGAAAGAAGUGAAGAAAGAGACUGGUCUCGGUCUAUCUUAUAAGAAAGAUGACAACUUUGGAGAAUGGUACUCUGAGGUCGUCGUCAAUGGGGAAAUGAUUGAGUACUAUGACAUAUCUGGCUGUUACAUUCUACGCCCAUGGGCAAUGUCCAUUUGGGAUGCCAUGCAAGCCUUUUUUGACGCUGAAAUCAAGAAACUGAAAAUAAAGAACUGUUACUUCCCCUUAUUUGUAUCCUCCGGUGUUCUACAAAAGGAGAAGGACCAUAUAGAAGGUUUUGCUCCAGAGGUUGCUUGGGUUACAAAGUCGGGGGAAUCGGAAUUGGAAAUGCCCAUUGCAAUUCGUCCAACUAGCGAAACCGUCAUGUAUCCAUAUUUUUCCAAGUGGAUUAGGGGACAUCGUGAUUUGCCUCUAAGACUUAAUCAGUGGUGUAAUGUUGUUAGAUGGGAAUUCAGCAACCCUACUCCAUUCAUCAGGAGUAGAGAAUUUCUUUGGCAGGAAGGACAUACUGCUUUUGCAACUAAGGAGGAGGCAGAUACUGAGGUGCUUGAAAUCUUAGAGCUUUAUAGACGUAUAUAUGAAGAAUUCUUGGCUGUUCCUGUAAUUAAGGGUAAAAAGAGCGAGCAUGAAAAGUUUGCUGGUGGACUUUAUACAACUACUGUGGAGGCGUUUGUCCCAAACACGGGCCGUGGUGUGCAAGGUGCCACUUCACAUUGUCUGGGUCAAAAUUUUGCUAAAAUGUUUGAGAUUAAUUUUGAGAAUGAGAAAGGAGAAAAGGCUAUGGUCUGGCAGAAUUCUUGGGCGUAUACUACUAGAACGAUAGGAGUGAUGAUAAUGGUUCAUGGAGAUGAUAAAGGCUUGGUGUUACCUCCAAAAGUGGCAUCCGUACAAGUAAUUGUUAUCCCUGUCCCGUACAAGGACGCAGACACUAAGGGUAUCUUUGAUGCAUGUGAGACGACCGUGAAAAACUUGAAUGAAUCUGGUAUCCGUGCCGAGGCUGAUUUUAGAGAUAAUUACUCACCAGGGUGGAAGUAUUCUCAUUGGGAAUUAAAAGGUGUUCCUCUCAGGAUUGAGAUAGGCCCUAAAGACUAUGCAAAUAAUCAGGUCCGUGCAGUCCGGCGUGACAACUCUACGAAGCAUGAUAUUCCCAUGGCCGAUUUAGUCGAACGGGUGAGAGAUAUGCUUGACCGCAUCCAAGAAAGUCUUUUUGAGGCUGCCAAGCAAAAACGGGAUUCGUGUAUUGAGGUUGUUCAUACUUGGGAAGAAUUUGUGGAGGCACUUGGCCAAAAGAAAAUGAUUCUGGCCCCAUGGUGUGAUGAAGAGGAAGUGGAGAAGGAUGUGAAGGCCCGAACAAAGGGGGACAUGGGUGCCGCCAAAUCACUUUGUUCACCAUUUGAGCAGCCUGAAUUGCCUGAAGGCACAAUGUGCUUCGCUUCAGGAAAGCCUGCCAAGAAGUGGACCUACUGGGGAAGGAGUUACUGA